UAUAUAUAUGGGUAGCGGCGGGGUGGCUGCCGAUAUUUGACUUCUGGCGGGAGAGGUGUGCGGUUGGACGUUGCGAAAGAGUUUUGAGGACGGAGGACAUCAUGGCGCCGAACACGCCGAUCGAAGUGGAGCAGGAGCAGCCACUCUCCAGGACUUACCAAUACAGAAAGGUGAUGAAGCCGAUGCUGGAGCGCAAACGCCGAGCGCGCAUCAACAAGUAUCUGGAUGAGCUGAAGGACCUGAUGGUAAACGCGCUGGCCAACGAGGGCGAGAACGUCACCAAGCUGGAGAAGGCGGACGUGCUGGAGCUGACGGUUCGCCACCUGCGCAAGCUGAAGCAGAACCACCUGUUGGGCGUGCUCAACCCGAACGUGCUGCACGAGCGCUACAUGGCCGGCUUCACGCACUGCGCCUCUCAGGUCAGCACCUUCCUGGCCGCCUCCGGGCCCGCGGCCGACGUCGGCGUCUCUGCCCGCCUCAUGAACCACGUCUCCAAGUACAUGCAGGCCAUGGAGAAGGUGGCCACCAUCCACGGCGGCUUCCCGCCGGCGCCGGCUCCUACCGUCGCGCCGCGCAUCAUCACCCCGCCGCUGACCCCGCCGGGUACCGCGGCGCACCCGCACCCGGCCACCGGCACCCAGCACCCGCACCCGCUGCACCGACCGAUGCGGGUGCACUGCGAGCUGUCUCCGGCGGCGUCCGCCAGCUACUCGGACCUCUCGCCGUCGGCGUCUGAGGCGAGCUCGCGGGUCAGCGGCUCGCCCCGCCCCGAAGAGCUGGUGUCCGGGGAUGAAGAGAAGGUCUGGAGGCCGUGGUAGGCAGUUCUGCCACAGCAGCAGCGGGAGCGGUAGUGUGAUACGCGCAGAGAUAUGCGACAGUUAAUUGCCCGUUCGUUGUGGUGUUUGUGGGUUUGUCGCCACAUGUUUGGCUGUUUGUACAGGUGUACAGAUUAUAUCCUUAAUCGGAGGCCUUUUCAGCUGUGAUAUUCGUUCAUGUUGACCAGAAAUAUAUUGCUCGUACUUAUCAA